AUGAAGAAUGUGCUUCCAUGGACCACGAUCUGGAUCGUGAUCUCAUGGUACGGCUCCAACAUUGGAGUCCUCCUUCUGAACAAGUACUUGCUCACCAACUGCGGCUUCAAGUUCCCAAUUUUCUUGACCCUGUGCCACAUUCUCGCCUGCUCUUUGCUCAGCUACGUAGCCAUAGCAUGGCUCAAGGUGGUUCCCAUGCAGACCAUCGGCUCCACCAAACAGUUCGUCAAGAUCGCAGGGUUGAGUUUGGUUUUCUGCUUUUCGGUUGUGCUCGGAAACGUCUCGUUACGGUAUCUUCCGGUGUCAUUUAAUCAGGCCGUCGGCGCCACGACACCCUUUUUCACGGCGGUUUUCGCCUAUUUUAUGAUGAAGAAGAUGGAGACUUGGGUUACAUACAUGACGCUCAUUCCUGUGGUUGCUGGAGUCGUCAUUGCUAGUAGGGCAGAACCAAGUUUUCACGUUUUCGGAUUCAUAGUGUGUGUUUCAGCAACAGCUGCAAGGGCGUCCAAGUCUGUGCUUCAGGCUAUUUUGCUGUCAUCAGAAGAGGAAAAACUGAACUCAAUGAAUCUGCUCAUGUACAUGGCACCAAUAGCAGUGGCGAUAUUGCUUCCGGCCACGGUGUUGAUGGAGAGGAAUGUGAUAGGCGUAACAGUGGGACUUGCAAGGAAAGACAUGAGAAUAGUGUAUUACCUGCUUUUCAAUUCAUCGCUUGCAUAUUUGGUGAAUUUGACCAACUUUUUGGUCACUAAACACACAAGUGCAUUGACUCUCCAGGUUCUGGGGAAUGCAAAGGGUGCGGUGGCUGUGGUGGUGUCGAUUAUCAUAUUCAAGAACCCUGUUUCAGUUGUGGGAAUGAUGGGCUACUCCUUGACAGUCGUUGGGGUCUUCCUUUACAGUGAAUCCAAGAAGGCAAAAUAAAUGAUUUAUGGGGACAUCCUAAGAAACUCA